GCGGAAGCGGAAGUGACGUUAGGAAAGGUGGGGGCAAUCAUGGUGCCGCUGGGGUGGGGAGAAGCUGCUGCCGCCGCCGUUGCCGGGAGCCGCGGAGAAAGGUCAUUACCUUUCCAUUUCUCACAAUUGGGCUGAGCACGAUUGCAUCAUGGGGGAACACAGUCCAGACGACAACAUCAUCUUCUUUGAGGCAGAGGAAGAUGACAAGAUGCUCAGGUUUGUGGAUACAAACGGACUGGUGCCUUCCUCAUCUGGAACUGUUUAUGAUAGGACCACUGUCCUUAUUGAGCAGGAUCCUGGCACUUUGGAGGAUGAAGAUGAUGAUGGACAAUGUGGAGAACACUUGCCUUUUCUAGUAGGGGGUGAAGAGGGCUUCCAUCUAAUAGAUCAGGAAGCAAUGUCCCAGGGUUAUGUGCAACACAUUAUCUCACCUGAUCAGAUUCAUUUGACUAUAAACCCUGGUUCCACACCCAUGCCAAGAAAUAUUGAAGGUGCAACUCUUACUCUGCAGUCGGAAUGUCCAGAAACAAAACGUAAAGAAGUAAAACGGUACCAGUGCACCUUUGAGGGCUGUCCCCGAACCUAUAGCACAGCAGGCAACCUGCGCACCCACCAGAAGACUCACCGAGGAGAGUACACCUUCGUCUGUAAUCAGGAGGGCUGCGGCAAGGCCUUCCUCACCUCCUACAGCCUCAGGAUCCAUGUGCGAGUGCACACGAAAGAGAAGCCAUUUGAGUGUGAUGUGCAGGGCUGUGAAAAGGCGUUCAACACGCUGUACAGACUGAAAGCACACCAGAGGCUUCACACAGGGAAGACAUUUAACUGUGAAUCUGAAGGCUGCAGCAAAUACUUCACCACACUCAGUGAUCUGAGGAAGCACAUUCGAACCCACACAGGAGAAAAGCCAUUUCGCUGUGAUCACGAUGGCUGUGGAAAAGCAUUUGCAGCAAGCCACCACCUUAAAACUCACGUCCGCACACAUACUGGUGAAAGACCCUUCUUCUGCCCCAGCAAUGGCUGUGAGAAAACAUUUAGCACUCAGUACAGUCUCAAAAGUCACAUGAAAGGUCACGAUAACAAGGGACACUCAUACAACGCACUUCCACAACACAAUGGAUCAGAGGAUACAAAUCACUCACUUUAUCUGAGUGACUUGCAUCUCCUGUCUACAGAUUCUGAAUUGGGAGAAAAUUCCAAUACAACACAGGGCCAGGACCUCAGCACAAUUUCACCAGCAAUCAUCUUUGAAUCAAUGUUCCAGGAUUCAGAUGACACAGCAAUUCAGGAAGAUCCUCAGCAGACAGCUGCCUUGAUUGAAAGUUUUAACGAUGACGCAGAGUCGGUCAGUGAUGUCCCACCACCCACAAGAAAUUCAGCAUCUUUAUCUCUCCCGCUUGUACUGCAGCCUGGCAUCUCCAAGCCACCCCAGCCUCUGCAACCAGCCUCAGCUCCGUCUGCUCCUCCGCCUGCUCCCUCCCUAGGACCUGGUUCUCAGCAAGCUACAUUUGGCAACCCCCCUGCUCUCUUAAAACCUCCGGAAGUGCCUGUUCUCCGUAGCACGCAGUUUGCUGCUAGUCAUCAAGAGUUUCUUCCGCACCCCCAGACACCACAGCCCAUUGCACCAGGACUUUCUGUUGUUGCUGGGGCUUCUGCAUCGGCAGCAGCGGUGGCAUCGGCCGUGGCAGCACCAGCCCCACCACAAAGUACUACUGAUCCCCUGCCAGCUAUGGUCCAGACGCUGCCGCUGGGUGCCAACUCUGUCCUAACUAACAAUCCCACCAUAACCAUCACCCCAACUCCCAACACGGCUAUCCUGGGGUCCGGCUUAGUCAUGGGAGAACAGAACUUACAGUGGAUAUUAAAUGGUGCCACCAGUUCACCACAAAACCAAGAACAAACUCAGCAAGCAUCGAAAGUUGAGAAGGUGUUUUUUACCACUGCAGUACCAGUAGCCAGUAGCACAGGGAGCUCUGUCCAGCAGAUUGGCCUCAGUGUUCCUGUGAUCAUCAUCAAACAAGAGGAGGCAUGUCAGUGUCAGUGUGCAUGCCGGGACUCUGCCAAGUAGUGGGCAGCUGGUGGAGAAAGGGCUGUUCUUCCCCACCCCCUCCAGAGCCAAGCCCCCGCCUGCUGGUGGGCCCAGCCUGCAGCUAUCACCCUAGACUUUGUCCUAACCCCUAGUUCUUUGUCAUCAUCCUCUACUGGACCCUCUUCCUGUGGGCAAAGCAGACAGGCCGAGGCUCCUUCAGACCCUCAGAUGGAAACGUUAAGUGCCAUGGAUGUGUCUGAGCUCCUGCCCUGCAGAGCCUGGACACCCCAUCCUGAUUCCCACUGAAGCACUGCUGCAGGGCUAGGAGAAGAUGGGCACAAGGCAGCUUCUGCAAGUGAAGGGCCUUUGCAUGCUCAUCUACAGGAAGAGGGCAAGCAGGAAGCAGGAGGUGCGAUGCCUGCCAUCAUGGGGUCAGAAAUUGGAAGGAUGAAGAAAUCUGCUGUUUGAAAGCCUCACCUUUCAGACGUAUUUUCUUUAUUCAUAUCCCAGGAACAUCCAUUUUAAGGAACUGAUCUUUGGAAAAAAACAAAAAACAACAAAAAAAAGCUAAGUUAUAAAUGAACUGUUUGGCUGCACUGUAUGUCACUUUUGCUUAUUGUCAUAUGAAUUUGGAAAUUAAGGUUACUCGUAUGCAUAAAAAUUCUAAACGAAAGGGUGUGGUUGCCAUCAAUCUAGUACUGCCCAUCAUUUGCACUGGAGUCUUUGUGGACUGGGUAGGAGAGGUCAGGGUUGUGUUCCUCCCUGUGUGUCUUUUUAAUCUGAGGCUGACUCUUAACCGAAGGCCAGGCUCUCACUCCCUCAAAGUGGGCAGUGUGACGGCAGGUGAGACAGCUGUGAGUUGGACAGGGUUUAGGUGAGAUGGCUUUGCUGUUUGUACUUGGUGUUGGUAGGGCUCAGGGUGGAUCUGCAGGCUGUCCUGCAAGCCCAUCCGCACAGACUCUUGGCACUCGAAGCCUGGUCCGCCAGCCGUCGGAUGUUCUGGCUCUGUGGGAACCUAGGCAGGUUGUUGACUGCUGUGUGUUGGUGGUAUGUGUACAGAGCAGCUCGGCACAGUGAUGGUGGACCUGUAAAGGUUUCAGUAACAACAAACAGCUGGCUACAGCACAUGUGGCACAUGUGGCACAGGUUCACCACCGCUGCUUUUGCAGCAUAGUAACAGCCUUUGCCUCUCCACCUCUCAACUGCUUGCUGGAGCUUGCAGGUCACAGUGAGUUUUCCUUGAGGAGCAUCCUAUUUUGUCCUAGAGUGAAUGUGUUGCCAGUUGGCAGCCGGUGGUUGCCUUCCUUUGAAUGCUGUUUUCUUCAGAGCAGAAGGGUUACAUCUUGCUUCUUAGUAGAAGGUGCAGAUUGAAGGGAGCUCGAAGGAGGUGGUGGGUAAUUGGUAGGCCAGAUGUUCUGGUUCUAGGUUCUAGCCAGGCUUUUGGUUGCCCUUUUCUAUCUCCACCUCUCUGGAUUUUGCAUACAGCCUAGUACAGUGCAAACAAGAAUGUGACUUGCUCAGCUUAGUUAUGUGAUUUCUAAACAAAACAACAAAAAAACAAAAAAACGAUGAUCUUCUACUCAGGGUAAAACAAAAUAAAAAAUUCCCCUUCCACCAAAAAGCCUGAAAUGUUGCAAUAAGUUGUCUCAUUUGGAAUGUUUCAUUAAGUUGUGUUAUAGGAAAAUUUGUGUGUGCGUGUGUGAGUGUGUUUGUAUGUGUGUGUAGAAUUAUAUCCAUCUGUCUGCCUUGGCUCCCAGUCAUUGCCUCUUAAAACAUAAAAUACAGUGCACACUAGAAUGGAAAGUUUCCCUCACCUGGCUGUUUAAUGUAGUCAUGAAUGCCUACCAAGCUCAGAAAGUAGGCAUGGCCCAGAGUGUGGGAUAGAAUGCUUUCCCUGCCUCCGGGUUCCAUAAAGGAGGCAGUGGGAGCCAGCCAGUGAGAGAUCUGUACUGAUCACUCCUGCUCUGAGCUUACCUUGGAGGCAGAUCACUUACCUUGGAGCCAGAGACCCUGCCUUUAGCAAGAAUGUAGAGACGAACUUGGACAAGAGGGUAGUUGUGGUAAUGCUGUUACUGCCAGGCAGAGAAAUGGGCUUAACUGCAAGCAGCUGAUUUCUCAUUCUAGAAGUUUAUUCAGGAGAAUUAAUUUCUAUUUAAACUUCUGUACUCUUUAUCCCUAAAGGCUGGUAGUUUUUGGCAACCACUGACCUCAGCAGAAGUGGAUAAGGCUGGAAGAAUCUUCUCCCACCAAAUGCAAGUGGAGGUUGUCCUGGCUUUCUGUAGACCUUUCGGCAGUAGGAAGCUUUGAACCUGGAUGUGAAAGCAGUGGGUGGGACCCCAAAGUUAGCUUGUGGCAGAUGGUAGUUAGGACCUUCCCAUAUGCCCACAUGAGGAAGAAGUAGGGUCCCAGAGGACAGGGGAAGUAUCUGUGGCUUACCUGUUGCUUCUUGGCCAGCCAGGGCUGUCCUUAUGUUGAGUCCUGCCCAGGUCACUCUCCACAGAUUGAGGGUGGUAAAGGUACAUUUAGCAGUAUUGAGACUGCUAGAUUUUUCUAAUUGAAGAAGUUGAAAUAUCUGCCUUUUGUGGGUGGUUUGGAUUACAAAAGACUAUCAGAUCUGAUCACUUUUGGUAAAUCAGGAAUGUUUCAAAUGCUUAUGCAGUGUAGGUUUACGCCACAGGGUAGGUAGAUCUUCCUUCCCUCCCUUCCUGUGCUCCUUCCCUUCCCAUCCUCUCCCACAACCUUGGUCUCCAGUGUCAAGGACCUCAGAUAAGAGAGGUUUUGUGGCUGCACUGGAGGUAGAAAGGACCUUCAUGAAGAGGGUGGUUUUCCAAACCUGGAAAUGAAGCCGGGGUAAUUCUAGUAGGUAGAAUCAACCUAAUUGUCCCUAAAGUAUUAUAACCAUUUUCACCCCAUAGGCCUACACUUUAGUUCCCACUAGCAUCUCCAAUUAGACUGCCCCGUCAGCACCGAGGAGAGGAGUUCAUGGACUUAGACGGAGGCAGUAAGGAAACUAGCAAAUGUACCAGACUGCCUGCAGGUACUUGGCCCUUUCCAGGUAGCUGGGUGAGGAAGUAAGGGAAACGGCUUAGUUUUUCCUGACUGGGUCUGGCUAGUCUCAUAGGGGCCUCACCAGUUUGGUAACAGGAGUAGUGUCAUUUAUUGAAUUCCACCCCCCUUUAAGAGGAGAGGCCUUGAGAGGUGAUGCCCUCUCUGGGUAGAAAGGCAGAGAAUUGCUCAUCACCACCUGUAGGAGAGUCAGUAGACCAGAGAGUUAUUUUCAGGUUCAAUACCGUGGAUCAAUGGGGAUAAUGGAGGGUAGGUGGGUUUUCCUGAGAGACUUUGUGUAAUGUUGAAUGUGUCCAGAAGGACAAGUUUGCAGAACCUCAUAUUGGUAGAUUAAAGAAAUAAUAAAAUAAAAAGCACUUUAGGUUAUUUUAUCUUUAACCCAAUUGCUGCAAUUUCUGUUGUGUAUAUAUAUACAUAUAUACAUAUACUUUCCACAAAGUUUUAUUUUUUGCUCAGAAUAAAAAGUUAAAUUGAGGUGUGAAAAGAAAGCACUUACCUUGGUGCAAUAUGUGUAGCUUGAUGGUCGUUGUCCCAUGUGGCCCUGACCUGGCCGUGUUUUUCAGCUUGCUCAGCUUGUGCUACAAGGCUGUCUGUAGGGAAACACUAUUAUGCAUCCUCAGCAACUGCUCAAUCUAUGCAAGCCUGCCCUGUGUGCCCCAGGGCGCCCCCUCAGGCUCUCGGAAGAACUGCUGUGGGCGUUGUUUUCUCCAGCUGACUGUUGAGGCCCCUUUUCACCACUUCUUGGUCCCUUGCCAUCUUUCCCCUCUUAGGCAUUACAAAAUUUUGCCUGAAAGGAAGGAACAGGUUGUUCCUAGAUAGAAACCUGGCACCUUCUAGACUUUUAUAUUUGCAUUCAUGUCCAUUGUCCUUAAAGACUUCUCCAGUGUCAUUGGAACCAUUGAUUUGUGGAACCGCAACAAUAUUACUCAAGAGUUUACAAUUUUCUGGUAUCACCGAUCAGAAGUAUGUUUGGGGAGGGGUUGGGGCAACAUGAUCCAUUUCUGUACUGCUCUUCAUACCACCUGGGUUGGUUCUAAGAAAAAAGGCUUCUAGCCUCCAUUAAAUCCAGUAAACAAAGCUACUAAUAAUCUUGUUUUUCAACUUCCUUUUCCUUCACCUUUUCCCAUUGAAUCUUCAAUUUGCAGGCUGUAGACUACAGAAGUUUUAAAUACACUUCACCAAAGCAGAAAGAUUUCCAUAGAUGCAGUGUGCAAGUGGUUCUGCUGUACUUAUGGGAAACUGUCUAUUCCUUGACAUCUGGGACACAGGGUUGGCAAUAAAACCCAGUAAUGUGUAUUUCUGGCUGGUCAGUCUAUUUAGCCUGUUUCUUGCAUAUUAUUGUGGGGAGAGGGAAAGGGUCCUUGUUUCUUCUCAUGCCCUUUGGGGAUGCUAAUGAUCAGUCUGGGCAUUUCUCAAGUUAUUCUUGAUCAAGAGGGCUUCUCAGUCUGCAUUGAAAAAUGCAAAUUAAACUGGACCUUUAUGUCAAGCUGUACAUAUUACAAGCUUUUUUUACUGGAAAUGAGGUUUAAAACCAUACACACUACCCUUUUGGUGGUGUACCCACUGGGCCAAAAUUGGGUGAUAAUGUCACUUUCAGCUCAAUGCAGUUUAUACGUUUUCUUAUGGGAAAAUUUUUCAUAAAAGCUUUUUUCACCAAAACCCAGGGGUGUUUUUUGCAAUAUCCUUGUUGUCCUGUAGUGGUGCCAAGUCAGAGGCUUCUCUUGCCCUUUUCCUCUCAUGUUCUCAGGCCUCUCAAAGGCUUGUUUGACUCAACAGUCUCCAUCUUUUGUUGUGUUUUGGAGAAAGUGGGGGUGGGGUCAGAGUUCAACAUGGCAUUUUCCUUUUCCUGCCAACUCCCCCAGGUCUCUUUCUGAAAGGUGGCUGGAAACAGGUUUUUUGUGCAUUCUCCAGCAGAAAUCUUCUAGCCAGAAAAGGCAAGAGCCACCGGGAGCCUUUUUUGACACACUAAUCAUUGGCUGGUAGUGUUGGUGACAGUUUUUAAAAUCCCAAAUAGUUUUAUUUGGAUUAUGUAAAAGCCUAUCAAAUUGAUUUAAGUGUGAAACAUGGGAACAACAGACUUCCACUGAGCGAUAUGAAAACGUUACAGGUUCAGUACUUCCAAAGGAAGAAACCUCCAAAUCCAAAAAAAGAAUAAAUAUGAAUUUGUAUUUUUGAAGAAUGUGAAAUAAUGGUGUUUGCUUAAUUGCUCAUUUUGUAUAAACUUAAUAUUGUACUUUAAAGUAUCUGCUAAGAAGUGAAAAUUUAACUUUUUUGAAUUGAAGCAAUAUUAAAUACUAAUGAAAUCCUAAUUAAAUGCUUAUUUAAA